AUGUCUGUCAUCCGGACGAGUCUGCUGCUCGCGUGCGUCCUGCUACACGCCUGUAGCGUGACGUCGGAGUCUGACAGAGAGACGUGUUAUUCCCGACAACAUCGAGGUGUUACUGUGAACAUACGUUUGGCUCUGACGAAGGGAACGGUGAUGAUUCCCCAAAAGAAGCCGUCAGAGAAAGACUGCAUCCUGACCUGCUGCUCAGAAGAUGUGAAGCCAGGUGUGAAAUGUAAUCUGGUUGUGUAUAAGCCAGUAGAAGAGUCCAGCGGUGAAAACUGUCAUCUGUUCAACUGUCCGAGCGAGCAGGACUGUCCGCUCAUGGCCGCUGAAGCUGGAGUCAACACCUACAACAUAUUCAGAGGUUUAACUCAUCCAACAACUAAAGUUAAUGGAAGAACCACAGCCAAACCUGCGACUGCUGUAAACACACAACUGAGCACCACAACACCACGAACAACAACAAUCACAGCAGCACCUACAACACCACAAACCACAACAUCAACACAACAAACCACAACCACCAUCACAACAUCGGCAGCAGAGACCGAAGAAGAGCCGACCGAGACACAUGUUAUACUUCAAACCACACAUAUGACCAGCACUACAACCACCACACAACCUACAACAACACAAAGCACAAGCACCGUCACCAAAGCACGAGCCCACCAGCGGCCUGCUGUCAAACCCAACAGAAAACCCAACAAACCCAUGAGGGGUCCGGAAUCACAUUCAUUCAAGCCCACCAAAGCCAAAACCCCCACGACACAGCCAACAACUACAACUCCCACCACAACCACUAUCACCACCACGACAACAACCAGCACCACCAUCACGACAUCAUCAUCAGCGGUGUCUCCGGCGAGUGCAGGGACUCCUGUGGUUCUGCUGGACAUCGAGUCAAAACAGCGAGCUGUGGAUGUGUCCUCUGCUCCGGGGAAGAACAGAUUCUCACGCAUGAUGUGGAAGAACAGUCUGGUGGCCGUCGUGGUGAUCACCUUAAUCUUUCUCCUUCUCAUUCUGGCUUUGGUGGCUCGUAAAGCGAUGGAGUCCUUCGACCGGCGUCACUACACCAGACUGGAACUCAAUGACCUUCAUUAUGAAGUUUGA